UGGUUCACAAUGUUUACGUUCCGGAGGUGAUCAAAAUUAAUAUUAUGGAUCCCUAUAUACUGACCGACGCUCAGCAACACUAUUUACUCCUUCUGCUGGAAUUUAUUGGAACCAAGUGCUCAAGGAAAUCUAGCGAAAAAGUUUUAGAAAUUUUCUUAAUUUUUAAAACUUCCCACAUUGCCAAAAUGGAUGAGACGGAUUACACAAAAAAUGCCAAGUUACCUAAAGAUGUGUACGCGAAUAUUUUCCAGGAGGCAAAACUUGGAAAGAAUACUAAAUUUGACUGUAAAAACCAAAGAAGCUUUCACGAUAGAUCAAUCAGUAUUCUUACAAGCGUGUCUGGAACUCCCACCCUCUUCCAAGUACGAUUAGGGAAGGGCCUAGACUUCUAUGGAUCUUGUGGUUGCAAAAUUCCCAGGCCGAAUAAUCAAUUUGAAAAUGACAAAACUAAACUUACUUCAAAACGGAAUUCAAAACUAACAAAACUAUAUGUUAAAAAUGACCAGAAACAUUAUUUUUCCCAACACUAUGGAGAAUGUUUGAAAGGAAAAUCUGUCAAUGAAUUUGAAACUGUACGAACAGACAUUACGAUUAUUAAGUGGAAACAGGAUGAUAAACUUAAUGUGAGCCAAAUGUACGCUGCAAUCAUUAAAUAUAAUAAAGAAGGCGAUAUCGGUGACCUGUUAAAGUUUAAAAAUUAAUUUGGAAGCUAAAGGAAAUAAAGUUUUUGCUGGUUGAAUUUACUUAAA